UUGGGAAGUUUUUAAAUGCGCGCGCAGGGAUCAGCCGGCACAAGAGUCAGGUGUCCGUUCAGCGCAUCAAACGGACCAUCAAUAACUUUCUCAUCGAACAGACACCAUAAAAGCGAGAACUUGUCAUUAAAUUUAGUUUCUUGGAUGUGGAAAAUGAAGAGCAGUUGGAUCAUUCUUUGCGCGUUUUGCAUCUGGAGUCCAGUUCACGGAACAGUUCGAUCCUCCUCUGCCUGUUCAUGUCAUGGGAAGGCACGGUUCUGCAGAGCAGAUCAGCUGGGAUUGUACUGUUUAAACUGCCAGGGAAACACCCAAGGGAGGCAUUGCGAAAGCUGUAAGGAAGGAUACUACCACCAGAGAGCAGGAGACAACUGUGUGCCCUGCAACUGCAACCCUGCAGGUUCUCAAGGACUUGUCUGCAGCAGUAAUGGGCAAUGCACAUGUAAACAGGGAAUUCAUGGAGACAAGUGUGACCGCUGUCAUGAUGGUUCUCCAGUCACUGCCAACGGAUGCGAGCCUUUAAGGCUAAGCUGUUGGUCACGUAACAAUGGCCGUCUCACAUAUAAUACAGAGGAGUGUCUUCCCUGCUUUUGCAAUGGCCAUUCAAAUGUGUGCAGCUCAGCCGAAGGGUAUUCCGUUUACAACAUUACUUCACCUUUUGAAAAUGGACCUGAAGGGUGGCGAGCGGCAACUGCUCAAGGUGUGAACCCUUCACAAGUUCAGUUCAGGUGGUCUCCCACUCACAAAGACCUUGAGGUCAUCUCGAAGGAGAUCCUUCCAGUUUAUCUGUUUGCUCCAGCAACCUACUUAGGUAAUCGGGCCUUGAGCUACGGUCAGACGCUCACCUUCUCUCUGCGUCUGGACAGAGGUGUCCGUCGUCCCUCCACAUCUGAUGUUGUUCUAGAAGGAGCAGGUCUUAAAGUAUCUGCCUCUUUAGGGGACUUGAGAACCGUGGUGCCCUGUGGCAAGAAAAUCACCUACACUUUCAGACUGGACGAACAGCCGGGCAGCAAAUGGAAACCACAGCUUUCAUCUGCAGAAUUUCAAACACUCUUGAGCAAUCUUACAGCCAUUAAGAUUAGAGGGACAUUUGGUGAGAAUGGACGUGGUUAUCUGGAUGAUGUCUCUCUGGUGUCUGCUAAGCUGGGCCCUGGCACUCCUGCGCUCUGGGUAGAGAAGUGCAGAUGUCCUGCUGAAUAUGAUGGACAUUUUUGUGAACACUGUGCCACCGGAUACAGGAGACGUUUUCCUGGUCAAGGCCCCAGAAGCCCCUGUGUACCCUGCUCCUGUCAGGGUGGAGCAUGUGAUCCAGAAACAGGAGGCUGUUACUCGGCUGAUGAGAUCCCGAAUCUGCAGAUGUGCCCUAGGGGUUAUUAUGUGAACCGCCAACUGUCCAACUCCUGCCAGAAGUGUCCCUGUCCCGAGGGUCAAUCUUGCUAUGUGAUUGGAGGAACACAGGAGGUGACGUGCACCCGAUGUCCUCGUGGGACUACAGGUUCCCGUUGUGAAAUAUGUGAUGACGGUUUUUAUGGAGACCCUCUGGGAGAAUACGGCCCUCGCAAACAGUGCCAGCCCUGCCAGUGUUAUGGCCACGUGGACCAGAACGCUGUGGGCAACUGUGACCGGAGGACAGGGCAGUGCCGGAAGUGCCUGAACCACAGCACUGGCCCCAACUGUGAAUACUGUGAAGCUGGAUACCACCACAACUACCCCACAGAGCCAUGCCAGGCUUGUAACUGCAACCGACAGGGUUCUGUGUCCAAUUCAUGCAGUGAUAAAGGCCAGUGCGAAUGUAAGGAAGGAUACAAUGGACUCAGGUGUGAAGAAUCAACAUGUCCAUCCUGCUUUAACCCAGUUAAGAGCAAGAUAGAGGUCUAUGCACGCCAGCUGCAGGAAAUGGAGGAUUUAUUUAAGGGAUUUGAAGGUAAUGAUGCUCCAGUCAGCAAUGCUCAGAUGGACCAGGCUGUUCGGGCAGCAGAGGUUAUGGUUCGAAACCUGGAGAGCAGAGCAAAUGAACUCACAAACACGGAGAAACAGCUUCAGGAUAAACUGGCAAGCAUUAGCCGAUCUCAGCUGAGAGAGGACAGAAACAUGGAGGCUUUGUUGACAACUGUGGAUGGGAUCAGAAACAAUGAUCAACAGUACAGGACAGAAGUUUCUGAAAUCCGUAAACUCAUCAGUGAUGUCAGGUCAAAGCUGCAGCAGGCCAAACGGGACAUCCAGGAGAUUGAGAUUCCCUCAGGUGAUGCUGUCCCAGGUUCUGACACCUUGUCGGAUCUGGUUCAGAGAGCCGCUGAUCUUGCUGAGCAGCACCAGGGUGAGGCAGUGACGGUGGAGGGCAUUGCAGACAGUUCUCUGGCCCAAUCGGAGAAAGCCCUGGACCUCAUCCGAGGCGUCAUCAACCGAGAAAAUAAGGUCAAAGAGGAGAUCAGGGACCUCAAAAGAGAAUAUGAAGCGGAUGUAAAUAAAGUGCUUGACAUGGACAGAAAGGCCAAUCAACUGACUGAUGCAGCUGGAAAGGAGAGCGGAGAGGCUCAGAAUGCUCUCCAACAGUUAUCUGACCUGGAGAAGAAGCUAUCAAAGCCUCUCACGAAGGAGAUGGCUGGUGUGGUUUCCAUGUUCGAUAAUCUGAAAGGUUUGGUGGAGGGAAAUCUAUCCCAGUACAGUGACCUACAGCAGUAUAUGCUUAAUGAACAGAAGGAGACAGGGGAUCUGUUCAACAAGGCCAAGAAUUUCCAACAGAUUCAAGACAAACUUCUUGCCAGGGCAAAUGCAGCAGAAGCAGUCAAAAAUCAAUCUUUGGAAAUCUUUGCCAACAACAAGGAUAGCCUGGAGAAGACACUAGAGACACUCAAAGGAUUCGAUGAUCAGAUUGGUGUUAAAAAGGAUUUGGCAGACGCCGCCAUCAGUAAACUUCCAGUGAUCAAUACCACCAUCCAGAACGCCAUCGCUGAUAACAUGCAGACUCAGGACAUUCUUGACGCAAUGGCUGAUCCCUUCAGGGACGCUCAGGAAACCAUUGACACUCUCACAAGCAAUGCAAACAAACUAGAGGGGAUGACCGGUUCCCUUCCGUCUUCCUAUGAUAUUUUGGAAGCUGCCAGUAAGCUGAAAGAGGACGUGGAUGGACUGAAGACAAAAGCGUCUGUAACGAGGGACAGACUGAAUGAAGAGAAAAACAAGGCAAAAGCACAGAUAAAUGAAGCCAAGAACGCUGUCGUGGAGUCCAAUGGGGCACUUGAAAAUGCAAAGAACGCCAGGAACGCUGUUAAUGAUACUCUACAGGACAUCGCUGAUAUUAUGAGCUCACUCGGAACUCCUGGUACCAUCGAUGACAAACGAGUGGCCGACUUGGAGAACGCCAUCACUAAAAGCCGCAGACGCGUGGAGAACGAGCUGAGGCCCAAACUUAGGGAGCUGGAGGAGAAGGACGCCCAGCAGAGAGCCACCAUUACAGGCAUGAUCAAUGACAUUGACACCAUCCUGGCUGACAUUGCCAACCUCGAGGAGAUUCGUAAAAACAUUCCCGACGGCUGUUUUAACAUACCACCUAUUGAAAGGCCAUAAAGCACAUAAAUCCCAAUGUCACGUAACAUAUGAACUUAUCAACACUGCUUUUUAUCUAAAGAGUGUUUAUCGCCUCUAAUGUGUGAGAGAAUUUUUUAGUAUUUAUUUUUGUUGAAUUUUUAAAAACAAAUUAUUACUGUGAAGUAUGAAAUGAGAUGAAUUAUAUUUCUGUUUUGCAUAAUUACCAAAGAUAAUUCCGUUUCAGAAUAAUAGAUCAAUAUUAAAACCACAUCUGAAAUGAAUUGUUUACACCAUUUUUAACGUCUAGUGAAAAAUGUUGUCAAUUGUGAAAGAAAUGCACAAACUAACAACCUUCGUUCUUUUGUGAUCCUUUUUGUUUUAUUAAAUUCAGUAUUGUCAUCGAGAA